AUGGCGCCACCUGGGCUCGUUCACCUGGCGGCAUCAGGGGGCGGGGCUAAGGGCCAGGGGGCGGGGCUAAGGGCCAGACUGAAAGCGAGGGUGGCCGGUGCGCCCAACCCUGAGACCUGCCCCCAGCCCCUGCCAGCCCCCACCUGGCUUCCGGAGCCCGGGCAGGAAGGUUCAAAUCCCCCAGACUACAAUGGAAUAAAGCUAGAAACCUUUGACGAGAAGAUCACAGCUGCAGGCGGGAUGGAGCUGUUUGUUGGAAGCAUAGGCCCUGAUGAACACAUCACCUUCAAUGAACUGGGCUCCAAUAUGGUGUACAGGACCCAUGUGAAGACGUUGGCCAUGGACACCAGCCUGGCCAAUGCUAGGUUCUUCAAUGGAGAUCUCACCAAGGUGCCCACCAUGGCCCUGAUGGUGGGUGUGGGCACCAUCAAAGAUGCUAGAGAGGUGAUGGUCCUCAUCACGGGUGGGUAUAAGGCCAUUGAGGAGGGGGUGGGCCACCUGUGGACCGUGUCUGUCUUCCGGCAGUGUCCCCACACAGUGUUUGCGUGUGACGAGGAUGCCACCCUAGAGCUGACAGUGAAGACCACCAGGUAUUUCAGAGGUUUAAUGCUUGUUCAAAACAAGUUGGCGGACCCUUGCACAGUAUCAAAGAGAAGGAAACAGAAAAGCCAGUCUUCCAAGACACCAUACCGUGAUUAG